UUUUUUGAGUAAAGGGCUGGUGCGGCUGCCCUAAGCUUUAAUUAAUGAAACUGUCGAAUACAAGAAUGAGACAUUGAGCCUAAACCCCUGAUUACAAAGACCUGAACUAAUAUUAGCAGUCUCUACACACAUGUACUCAACUAGGCACCGACUAGCAAAGAGUGCUCUAUUGGCUACUCUAUUUGCUUUAACAUAGUGGUGACAUAACGGAAAGUUAACUCGACUAUUGCGAAGCAUAAUUACCACAAGCACAGUUUUCCUACUAUGUUGCCGCUGGAGGAUAAAUCCAACGACACUUAGCUUCAUCCUGCCAUUAGGUGACAACGACCAUUUAACAAAGCAAGAAACUCGUCGCCUACCUAGAGUAGACAAGGCACUAAGAGUGCACAAACAGGCACUAAGCCCGACUAGCCUUACACUACCAAUGUAAUGACUUAUUGCUCGCCUAAGGCGCAAAUAAACUAAAAAACAUAAAUAAAUAAAAGCAUUUAAAAUAAAACCAACCCAGGACUGACCCAAUAAGAGAGCCCAAGCCCGAGCGGCACUACAGGAAAGAGGGAGAUCACAAACAAGCCACCAAGCCCGGCCCAAUCCUGUCAAAGUCGUCAUCGCUGCAUCUCUCAUCUCGCCGCCCAACAACCGUCGUCGGUCCGUCAUCCUUGAUUUGCCCAGUCCUCCUAGAGAAACACCAUUCCAGAACAUCUCCAAAAGAGAUUCCGACGCCGUCUUCGCUGCUCCAACGAUGAGUACGGUUGAAUGACGCCGUGCUAAAUCUGAAUACCAACACCCAAACACCACCGAGUUUGCUCGAAAUGACCCAGAUCGUGCCACCACCGACACAGCCUCGCUCCGGAUCUGCCACCCCUUCCGGCGACGACACCAUUGCAGAGAAAGCCCACACCUACCGGCCGUCCUAAUCUCCCCCUUCCUCACCUCCCAACCAUCCACUGCGAUCUCUCGACAGAAACAAGGGCAUCGAGAAUCCCAGCUUCUCUAGACUCACUCGGAGUCGACAACAUCCCGUCCGACCAUGGCUAUAGAGCCUGCCGCCGGUUGAAAAGGAUUACAAACAAAACUUGUCGAUUUGAGUGAAAGUAGAAGUUACCCUUAAAAAUGGCUGCAGCUUUGGCUUCAAAGUGUUCUCGUGUGGGCCGUUCGUUUUUUGGGGGCCUCGGCAACAACUUGUCUGGCUUAUUGAGCGGAUCACAUGAGAUGACAUGCAACACUUUCUUAUCUCAGCAACAAAGGACUUUCAUACAAAUGAGGACCAUUCUCAAAGUCGUGGACAACUCAGGGGCAAAGAAGGUGAUGUGCAUACAAGCUUUGAAGGCGAGGAAGAAAGGGGCAAGAUUGGGUGACACAAUUGUAGCAUCAGUAAAGGAAGCCCAUCCAAAUGGAAAAGUGAAGAAAGGAAAGGUAGUGUAUGGUGUGGUCGUUCGUGCUGCCAUGCAACGAGGUCGCUGUGAUGGGAGUGAGGUUAAGUUUGAUGACAAUGCUGUCGUACUGGUUGACAAGCAGGGCCAGCCAAUUGGGACUAGAGUAUUUGGACCUGUCCCACAUGAGUUGAGGAAGAAAAAGCAUGUCAAGAUUCUUAGUUUGGCAGAGCACAUUGCCUGAAGUGCAUAGCAUAGCACAAUUGAAACCAAAUCUACAAUAACAACAGAAUGUUGUCCUGUGUUUUUUUUUUUCUUCAUUGCGUAUACAGCUAAAAUCUGGUGUUAAGAUUAACAAUGCUCAUGAGCCGUGCUUUUAACUAGGAUGUUCAGCUCUCCUGCCAAACUCCCUUGCAUGACACCAAAUUUCUAGUUUUUGUUUUUUUUUUCAAUUCAGUUGGAAUUAGCACUUGACGAUUAUGAUGAUUAGGCUUAUUUCUCCUCUUUUCAAAUUAAUGUCAAUCACUUGAGACCAAUAUAGGUCUCUGCUGAACAUUUAAUAGUU